AUGGAUUCUUUAAAUGAUUCCUGUGUAAGUUCUAAGGAUAUAAAUGAUGGAAUUCUUUAAAGAGAAGAAAGUAGAUAUUAAAGAAAAGGUAUUAAUGAUUUCUAAGAUUAAGGUUAUGGUUUAAUUUUUGCUGUACUUUUUACACUCUUUGGAUUUACUGUGUUCCCCUAAUUAAUAUAAUUUCGAAUCUUAUCUUUGCUUUAAAACCUUCAGCGUAAUUCCUUCAUAAAUAUUAUGUAGCUCAAUAUAUAUAAAUGAUAAUGUUGAUUUCCACUCAUCUUUUAGGUUUCUCUUUAGGUAAUUUAGGGAUGUAUUUUAUUUAUGAAGCAAAAUCACCAUUUUUUGAAAGAUAUAGAACAAGAUAAGUAUUUUAUAUUUAAUAAAAUAAGAAUCCAUGGCCAUGGGAUGAGAAUCCAGAUGAAUGGUAAAAGAAACGUAAAGAAGUUUGGAAAUAUAGUUAUAUAAAUAUGACUUUGGGUGUGUUGAUGUGCAUCUUAGAUACUUAAAUAAGUCCUUUAUUAAGGAAUGACAUAGAUACAUUUCCAAGUUUAUUUGAAAUGACUUGGUAAAUUUUGUUUUCAAUGCUAAUUGAAGAUACAUGUUUUUAUUGGACUCAUAGAACCUUACAUUCUCCAAAGCUUUAUCCAAUAAUUCAUAAAAAGCAUCAUGAAUUUUACACUAGUGUAUCAUAUGCUGCUAUUUAUACACAUCCAAUUGAAUAUAUAUUUGGUAAUGUCAUACCAGUUUUUGUUGGAUUUAAGUUAUUGGGUAAUUAAAUGCAUAUUGCUACAUUACAAUUAUGGCUAUUUUUUAGAAUUGGAGAAACAAUAGAUGGUCAUAGUGGAUAUGAAUUCUCUUGGAGUCCAUAUAGAUUGUUACCUUUUUCUAGUAGUGCUGAAUCUCAUAAUUAUCAUCAUUCCCAUAAUGUUGGCAAUUAUGGUAGUUUCUUUAUUUUUUGGGAUACUAUAAUGGGGAGCAAUAAAUCAUACAAUUCAUUUAUAGCUGAAAAGUAUGGAAAAAUCAAUAAGAUAAAAGAUCAUAAUAAAAAAGAAUGA